UCAGUCACCCUCCCCGUGUGCCCCCUCCCUCCCGCACACGCAUGCCUCGCACUCGCAACCAACCGGGCUGGGCGGCUGUGCUUGCUUAUGGCUAGCGCGCCGUGUGUUGGCCUCCGUCGGUGUGCUAGCACACUUCGCUGUAGCAGCUAGUAGCAGCAGAGCGUCGCACGCCCGUUCCCACUGCGAGCCCAAGAAUCGAUCGGCAUCGGGCAUGCAUGUGGAAUUCCUCGGAGGAAAGACGUUUCGAUGGAGCCGCAUCUGAGGAUGCGUCUGAGCAGUCAUUUGCCAUACCUCACAGUCUGAGUGCUGGUACUGGCAGUGUCCUACUUACAGGGAUUCCAGAGAAAAGGCGGGCGCAGCCCCCCCAGUCUCUGCACCUUCCAGGACCGGAGGGGGAUCUGCAGGCGCCCCCGAUGGAACAGUUGAGUGUGCGGGUGCCCUCAACUGAGUCAAUAGGUGCCUGUUCUUUGGAUGUUGAUGCAAGCGAGUCGUCAGCACGGCCGAUGAUGACCAAGGAGGCAUCGGAAGUGACCCUUCGCAGCAUGGUCAUGUCCACCCGCGAGAGCUCAUCUGUGGCAGUGAGAGGAGCACUGGACAGCAACGUCACGCAGCUGUCGAACGGCUGCUGGAACGUUGGUGGAAGCACUGUAGAAUCAUUGUCUACAAAAGUGUCUGAACACCGGCCAUCUUAUCUUGGCAUCAGCUGUGCCAUCAACGGAUACACGAGCUACAGCCAAUUCUGCCGCAGCCGUGACAGCAGCCCUGCCCGUCCGUGCCCCCGCACAUCAGCUCCACUCGCCACAAGCCCAGGAAACAGUCUCAAGGUGGAGCCCAUCCUGGAAAUCAAGGCCAGCAACGGCCGUGGGGAGCUCACCAAUGGCCGCCACCAUGGUCCCCAAGAGGCAGCAGCAGCAGUGCCCGAGCCCUGCAUUUCCCUUGUACAGCAGCGAAUCGCAGCUCUGUAUGGGUCAGAAGCAGCAGAGAGGGUGGCGCGUUCACGCACUCGAACGGCCAAAAGCCCACUCAAGCUGGAAAAGGCCAUGUCAAAACGCAGCCCAUCCUGCCCUGCGCAAGUCAUCCGUGGUCGCUCCAAGAGCCCACCUGUGUUCAGGCACCUGACACGUGACUUCAAGGAGCACCUCCGUUUGUCGGAAGUGUCUGCCUCGCCCGCCGAGAACUUGCCAGGGUUCAUUCCUGCAUCGACACGCCUCCCUCUUCCGAGCUCGCCCGAAAAGCGAGCUCCUUUCUCUGCGACAGCAUUACGCAUCUGUGAUGUGGACAGGGGUGACAGUAGUGCACUGAAAGAAGAUGUCCUGGAAGAAUCUCGGCAUUGCCAGAUUGUGAAUGGCAGUGGUGCACCAAAGCUCAACGGGAACCACGCUGCUGCUGUUGAUGAAGUUGACAAAGCAUUGAACUUGCCUGUUCAAAUGAUGCCCACGCAACACAUGUCGUCAUCACUCCUGUCGCCCGUGUGUGCCAAGGCUCUCUCGUCAUCAGACCUGCCUGUGCGGGAGGGCCACACAUUCCUGGCUACUCUGUCAAGCACACAACAGGUCCUCGAGUGCCACAUCAGAGAUGCCGAGCAGGACCUGAAUGAGGCUGCCAUCUCGGAAGACAUGAAGGGCCGGAUACGGGCAGCGAUAGGCAAGGCCAACCUCCUCAUCACCAAGAAAUUUAAACAGUUCAAGGAACUGUGCCUCAAAAACAUUGAACAAAAUGUUGAUGAUCCUUUUCCAACCACUGGAUCUGACUUGGCUGGCUUUUGGGACAUGGUCAUGUUGCAAGUUGACAAUGUACACAUGUUGUUUGAGGAGCUCAGCAUGCUUAAGGCAAACAAUUGGGUAGAACCCUCAGAAACAAAGAGCACAAGAGCGGUAGUGCCAAGACCAGCGAAGAAAGUGGCUUCUCGGUCUGUGCCAGCAAGUCCAAAGAGAUCCGAGAAGGCCGAAGAAGCAGCCAAGUCACGCUUGGAAGCACGCAAGCGGCUCAUGGAGGCCAAGCGGCAGGCUCGGCAGCAGCAGCAGUCGCAGACAGCCAUGGCCCGUGACGAGGACAUUGCCAUUUUUGUACCACAGGAAAAGACCAACUGACUGCCCCCAGGCUGUAUUGUUCGGCUAAAAUAACACGCAGGGAAGGGCUCGGCUCUGCUCUGUUGCCUAUCAAAUAACAUGAAAAGGAAAGCCUGCCUCGCACACAAGUGUUCCCUGCAUGCAAAACUGCAGCACCUGCAUUGUGGACUCCACACUGCUGUUGCCUGUGACAGUUGCAUGCAGCACAUGGUGGCAUGGCACAUUCUGACAGUCAAUGUGUGAGGUGCACAUCUCACCACAAGACUGCAAAAGCGGAACAACAUAUUGCAAUGAAAGCGAUUUGUUCUUUCCA